AUCACCUCACCUCAGUGCCCGGGGAGACGUCAACAGGGGAGGAGUGACGCGCGUUCCUCCUGUGACCCAUUACAAAACUCCCAUUAACUCCUGAACCAUUAAACGGACUGAGUGCAAACCAUUACCAUUACGUUAUUACCUUCGAAGCUCUACGUUACGGUGCUGAGGCGGCUUCGUAACGGCCUGGAAGAGGGUUAAUUAGGUAUUACACAGUGCAGAUGGCAACCCUCCCUGGAGCGAGACGGAGAGAGUGAGAGCCGAAGGGACAGUCUUGGAUUUUGGGACCUCAUUUUGAUUUUUGGUGUUGAUGUUGUGUGUGUGUUGAGGUUGAAGAGGAUGUGGUGUGCUCUGUGACCAACAGACGUGAAGGAGUUUGCAAACCAGAAACCGAAUGAAGGGCGAGGGAGAAAAUGAAUAAAGAAAAUGAAUAAAGAAAAUUGACACAGAACAGAUGAUAAAGAGGAGAUAGCGAACAGAAGAAACACGAAGAAGAAAACGAAGAGGAAGAAAAUUGAAAAAAAGAAGAGAAAUUGACAUAGAAGAGAGAGAAAGAGAAACGAAUAGAGAAAGAAAAUUGAUCAAGAAAAAAGAUAGAAAACAAGAAAGGCGAAGAAAACGUACUUAAAGAAAACUAAUAAAGAUAGAUAGCAUAGAAAAUAAAGAAAAAGAAAAUAGACAAAUAAGAAAUAAGAAAAUAGAUGAAGAAAACGGAGAUGACAUAGAAACAAAGACAAAAAAGAAAAUAGAAGAGAUAAAGAAGACAAAGAAGAAAAUAAAAACGAUGGAGAAAAGGAGGAAAAGAUAGCGAAGGGAAGAACGGAAAAACAAAAUAAUAAACAAAACAACAACAACAAAAAUGGAGAUAAAGUGGAAUGAAGAAGAGUGGAAGUGGAGGAGGAGGAGGAGGGAGAGGUGGAGGGAAAGAGGUGGAGGAGGAGGAUGGUGGGGAGUGGUGGUAAUGGUGGUGGUGUUAUGCUUCCUCCCCUCAUCCACCACCUCCACCUCCACCGCCCUUGCCCCCCACCACCACCACCGCAACCACCACCGCAACCACCACCUCGCCUCCACCCCAGAAUUCAACACCUACGUCAGCUACAAUGAACUGGCGGACAGCACGGACAGGUUCAGCGUUCCGGGCGUCACCAGCUACACAGAACUGCUCUUCGACCCCACCAACUACCAGCUGAUCGUGGGGGCAAGGGACCGACUCUUCCGCUUGUCGUUAGUGGGUCUGCAGCAGCUGGAGGAGGGAGCCUUCGCGUCCAACCGUACCACCGUGGACACGUGCCGCAUCAAGGGACAGAGCAGCGCCGCGUGCCACAACUUCGUGCGCGUUCUGCACCGCCAGGGGGAGCGCGUGCUGGCCUGCGGCACCAACAGCUUCAGUCCGCUCUGCACCUGGCGGAAGCUCUCCAACAUUGGGCACAUCGAAGCCUGGGAGAAGGGGGUCGCUCGGUGCCCGUUCGACCCUCGGCACAGUGCCACAUCCCUGCUCACCCCCGACGGCGCCCUCUAUGUCGGCACCCCCACGGACUUCUCAGGGCGCGGGUGGGUGUUUAUGAGGACGCUGGGGCCGCCUGGGUUCUCUGCGCUGAGGACACGGCAGAGCGACUCAAAGUGGCUCUCGGAACCCACCUUCGUCGCCUCCUUCCAUGACGCCGGCUUCGUCUACGUCGUCUUCACGGAGAACGCGGUGGAGACCAUGGACUGCGGCAAGCGCGUGUAUUCCAGAAUCGGUCGCGUCUGCCAAAACGACAAGGGCGGGACGAGGCUUCUCAAGGAUCACUGGACGACUUUCCUCAAGGCUAGACUGACCUGCUCCCGCCCCCCGCCUGCCCCCCACGACCCCCUGCACCCCCAGCACCACGGAGGGGGCACCACCACCACCACUGCCACAGCCACCCCGUUCUUCUACGACAACGUGCAGGCACUCAUCCACCUGCCGAGAGAACAGCUGCUUUAUGGAGUGUUCACGACGGCUGAGAACAGUAUCGCAGGCUCGGCCAUCUGCUCCUUCAACAUGAGCGCCGUCAACUCCACCUUCGACGGGCCCUUCAAGUUCCAGCCCAGCCAGUCCUCGGUGUGGGGCCCAGUGCAGGAUGACUCCGCUCACUUCUCCUGCCAACGCCCCCGCUCCACCCGCGCGGCUGAGCUGGCGGCUGACAAGUACCAGCUGAUGGAUAGGCCGGUUGUCACCCAAGGCCCACAACCCCUGUUCACGGUGGAUGACGAGAGACUCAGCCACAUCGCGGUCGACGUCGUAACCACCAGGCAGAGCGGAACAGUCCAUGUGGUGUUUGUGGUAGGGAGUGGCGGAACGCUGCGGAAGAUGAGCAUCCCGUCACCCUCCACCUCCACCUUGGGGGUCGCGCUGGCAGCAGGGAACCCAUGUCUACUGGAGGAGCUCAAGCUGUUCCCGGAUAACUCCAGCGUGGCUAUCCAUUCCUUGAAGCUUUUGAGGGAUACAAACUCCCUCUACCUGGGGACUAACGAGGGUGUGCUGCGUGUACCUGUCCACCGCUGCGACAGGUACAAGACCCAGCACACCUGUCUGGGCGCCAAGGACCCCUACUGCGGCUGGGACACCAACAGGCUGGUCUGCUCACCCCCGCCAGGCAAGAACCCCUUCGUGAGCGCCUGGCUGCAGGAGGUGAUGGAAUGUCCCCUGUCCACGGAACCAGUGGACGGCGGGUGGAGUCGGUGGUCUGGGUGGGCGGAGUGCCAGCAGUCGGGCAGCGGGGACGCCUGCCAGUGCCGCCAGCGUACCUGUGACUCACCUGUGCCGAGACGAGGCGGUGCUCCCUGCUCCGGUCCACGCAUCGAGGUCUCCAAUUGCACGGUGCAUGGGGGGUGGACGGCCUGGUCAUCGUGGUCGCAGUGCUCGGCAAACUGUGGCAUUGCGGUGAAGACGAGGCGAAGGACCUGCUCCAACCCUGCGCCGAGGCAUGGAGGACGCGUGUGUGUGGGGCAAGAACGCACGGAGAUAUACUGCCACUCCCUGCCCCAUUGCCCUUCCUACACCGCCCUACCAGUGGAUGGUGGGUGGAGUGAGUGGGGGAAUUGGGGGUCCUGCUCAGCCACAUGCGGGGGGACGGGGGUGCGACAGCGACACAGGACAUGCACCCGGCCUGCACCACGCAACGGGGGAUCCGACUGUCCUGGCUGUGGCGAGGAAACGGAGACCUGCGGGAAAUGGGCAUGCCCCGAAACCCGACAACUCACCCCAUGGUCGCCCUGGGUGGGGGUGAACGCCACAGGGGAGUACGUCACCCAGCGGAGGUUCAGGGCGGAGUGCGUGGCGACGGGGAACUCCGCCACUCCGCUGAGACUUGGGGACAUGCGACAGGAGGACAGAGUGUGCCCCAAGGAAGGCUGUGGCAGAGGUGGUGGUGGUGGUGGUGUUAGUGGAGGUGAUGGUGGAGGCAUGUGGACGGAGUGGAGCAAGUGCAGCGAGCCGUGUGGAGGUGGUGGAACGCAGUGGAGGAGGAGGGACUGUGGUGGUGGGCGGUGUGGUGAUGGUGGUGACGGAUUUGAGGAGCGAGUCUGCAAUGAACAUAUCUGCCCUGGUCUGUGGGCGUGCUGGAGUGAGUGGAGUGCGUGCUCGGCCUCGUGUGGGUCAGGCCGUCAGGUGCGCUCGAGGAGGUGUGUCUCCUCCCACAAUCCCUUCCUUGACGCCAGCGACUGCUCAGGCCCGGGCACCUCCCAGCAGGCCUGCCACGCCCACCCCUGCCCUGGUGAGGAGGGCUGGGGUGUGUGGUCACUGUGGUCGGAGUGCGGCAGCGGCAGCGAGGAGCGUGUGAGGAUCCGGCACUGCCUCUCGGACCAGCCCAGCCAGUGUCGCGGCCUGGACUUGCAACGCGAGACCUGCAUGCCCCUCGACGAAGCAGACCCGCCCGUGCUGGAGCUGGUGGAGGCAAGUGUGGGCGGCUUCGGCGGGAACAGAAGCGGCUACGUCACAGUGGCGGCUCUCGUGUGGUCCAGCCUGGGGUGUCUGGCGGCUGGGGGGCUCCUUGGCUCCCUCACCACAUACCACCUGUGUGUCCGCCGCCGCCGCCGCCGUGUGCCCUCCUCCCCCCACUACAUCACCGCCAAGCCCAACCAUUAUGUGAGUGUCCCGGCGGCUGAGCGCAGGGCUGGACACUCCCCCGGCGGCUCCCUGAAGAGUGGGGUGCGGGCCGCCCUCGCCGCCACGCUCCCCCUCAAGGACUUCGACACGGCCACCAUCAAACGCUCGAGUCACGGCAACGGUCACCUCCGCGCCGACCUCGACUCAGACACUAUUUUCAACUUCUAAUGGCGGACAGUUGAAUGUUUUUGUUUUAUUUUUCUAUUGUUUUUUCUCGUUUUUAAGUGUCUUGCUUGGUCAGUUUUCGGUCAUCCAUUCAGUUUCCUCUUUUCAAUUUGGUUUCCUCUUUCUGUUACGAUAUUUAAUUUUUAAUGCUGGAAAGUUAAAUAUUUUGUGGUUUUGUUUAUUUUGUUUUAAUUGGGUCAUCGGGUCAAAUUCCUCUUUUUUCCAGUUUAAUUUCCCCUUUCUUUUCACGAUGUUUAAUUUCUAUUGGUGGGGAAGUUUUAAUAUUUUAGGGUUUUUCGACGUUUUUUCUCGUCUUUUUUAAGUGAUUUGUCAUGGUCAGUCUUGGUUUUUAGUUCAGUUUCCUUUUUAAUGUCUGGGAAGGUUUAAUAUUUUGGCUUUUUACACAUUUUUUCCUUCUUUGUUAAGUGACGUGUCUUGGUCAGUUCAUUUUCCUCAUUUUGACGUCAGCAUUUCAUAACAUUUCAAGCAUUAACACACUGCAUUUACUACUCGUCUUGACUUAAAAUAUCUCCUUCGUGUUCCUUCAGCCGUGCUCAAGUAAACAAACAAAAUGUGGGGCUUCCUUCCUGCUCACUUAUCAUACCAUUAACCUUCCUUCCUUACUCCCUUUUCAGUGAGUGUGAUUGCAAAAUGUCACCUCAGUCUCGUAUCUCUUCCUGUCAUAGUCUUGCAGUCAUAAAUGUCGCCUGUCUCUCUCUCUGUCUUAUAACUGCAAAAUGUCAGCUGUCUCUACUAUGUCAUCGCUUCCUUAUCUUAUUUCCUCUGUAUUACCCCUUGUUACUCUUUCUUCACACUUUUGCUUUCUGUAUCUGUCCGUUUAUUUCUGCCCUUGUAACAGCAAAAUGUUCUGUCUGUUUAUUUCUGCCCUUAUAACAGCAAAAUGUUCUGUCUGUUUAUUUCUGCCCUUAUAACAGCAAAAUGUCAGUCUUUUUUUGCUACAAUUGUCAUCUGUCUUAUUUUGUUUCCUCCAUAUUACUCUUGAAUCAUCCUCCUUCUUUAGAUUGUUUCGAUGUUUGUAUACGUCCGUUUAUUUCUGCCCCUUAUCUUAUAACAGCAAAAUGUCAGUCUUUUUUUACUACAAAUAUCAUCUUUUCUGUAUCUUAUUUCCUCCAUAUUACUCUUGAAUCAUCCUUCUUUAGAUUGUUUCGAUGUUUGUAUCUGUCCGUUUAUUUCUGCCUCUGUCUAAUAAUUGCAUAAUGUUAAACUCUUUCUAUUGCCAGUUUCUACUUCUUUUCAUCUUUUCUGCAUCUUAUUUCCAUGCUCUUAUUCUUCAUUCCUCUUUCUUCAAACGGUUUUCCUAUUUCUUUGCCUCUGUCUGUCCGUCUGUCUCCCAUUUUACUUCCUGUCACUCUCCUAUUCUCCCUUUUCAAACUGUUUCCCUCUCUAUUUCUGUCCCUCUUUAUCUCUCUUUCAUCACUCUCAUAUUACUCCUCAAUUCUCCCUCUUCUAACUGUUUCCUUUCUAUUUCUUUUCUCUCUUUCAUCACUCAAAUAUUACUCUCCAAUUCUCCCUCUUCAAACUAUUUCCCUCUUUAUUUCUGUCCCUCUUUAUCUCUUUCUCUCAUCACUUCCAUUUUACUCUCCAAUUCUUCCUCUUCAAACUGUUUCCUCUCUAUUUCUGUCCCUCUUUAUCUCUUUCUCUCAUCACUUCCAUUUUACUCUCCAAUUCUUCCUCUUCAAAUUGUUUCCUUUCUAUUUCUGUGCCUCUUCAUUCCUCAUCACUCUCAUAUUACUCUUCAAUUCUUCCUCUUCAAACUGUUUCCUCUCUAUUUCUGUCCCUCUUUAUCUCUCUUUCAUCACUCUCAUAUUACUCUCCAAUUCUCCCUCUUCAAACUGUUUUCCUCUCUAUUUCUGUGCCUCUUCAUUCCUCAUCACUCUCAUAUUACUCUUCAAUUCUUCCUCUUCAAACUGUUUCCUCUCUAUUUCUGUCCCUCUUUAUCUCUCUUUCAUCACUCUCAUAUUACUCUCCAAUUCUCCCUCUUCUAACUGUUUCCCUAUUUUAUUUCAUGUCCCUCUUCAUCUCUCUUUCGUCACUCCCAUAUUACUCUCCUAUUCUUCCUUUUCAAACUGUUUCCCUCUCUAUUUCUUUGUCCCUCUUCGUUUCUCUCUCUCUCUCUCUCUCUCUCUCUCUCUCUCUCUCUCUCUCUCUCUCUCUCUCUCUCUCUCUCUCUCUCUCAUAUUACUCUUCAAUUCUUCCUCUUUCAACUGUUUCCCUCUCUGUUUCAUGUCCCUCUGUCUCUCUCUCUCAUCGCCCCCAUUGGUGCUAACUUUAACACCUCUCCCAUAAACCACCAAGACUGUGACACACUCCCCUUGUGAUAAUUAGUUUAGCUGCGGCAGAGACUCCAGAGAGGGGCAAAGAAAACAGUGAAGGAAACAGACAGACUGGCCAUUUGUAUCUGUCUAUCCUACGUGCCAAAAGCCCCCUCGCAAGGAAAACGGUCUCGGCCUUUUUUUAUAUAUAUAUCUCUGCGUUGUCUGUGAUGCUCGCUUGUUUUGGUGUCUGCGUUUGCGUGCGUGCGUGUGUGUUUUUAUAUAUGCUACUUUUUUUACUUGGUGUGAUGUUAAGAUGGCAAAACUUUAAGGUGGCAGUGGAAAGAACAUUGGUCUCAUUAGGGUCGCAUAAUAACUUGUAGUCGUAAAAUCUGAAUCACAUCUUUGCCACACAAUUUUUAAAGUGAUAUAAUACAAUGAGGUUGAAAGAAAGACAAACCAGGAACCAGGAAUAGGAAAACAAUGAACAUUUUAAAUUCCGUUGCAUAAUAACUUGUAGUCGUAAAAUCUGAAUCAAAUCUUUGCCACACAAUUUUUAAAGUGAUAUAAUACAAUGAGGUUGAAAGAAAGACAAAUCAGGAACCAGGAAUAGGAAAGCAACGAACACUUUAAAUUCCGUCGCAUAAUAACUUGUAGUCGUAAAAUCUGAAUCACAUCUUUGCCACACAAUUUUUAAAGUGAUAUAAUACAAUGAGGUUGAAAGACAGACAAAUCAGGAACCAGGAAUAGGAAAGCAACGAACACUUUAAAUUCUGUCACAUAAUAACUUGCACUCGUAAAAUCUGAAUCACAUCUUUGCCACACAAUUUUAGAAGUGGUUGAAAGAAAGAAGUGAAAGAAAGACAAAUCAGAAACCAGGAAUAGGAAAGCAACGAACACUUUAAAUUCCGUCGCAUAAUAACUUGCAGUCGUAAAAUCUGAAUCACAUCUUUGCCACACAAUUUUAGAACGUGAUUAGGAGCUUACCGAGAGAGACACACGUUUGCUGUACUAUAAAUAAUCUCUAAGGCAUUUAUUUAAUUACUUCCGGGUGUUACUGAGGCCUAUUAAUUAAGGUGGAUGUGCUGGCGAUAAGGUUGGGGAUGUGCUCACUUAAUCAUAUUCAGCUUUUCAUUUCUGUGGGAAGUGACUUUUAUUAUUAUUGUCAUUAUUAUUAUUAUUGUUUCUUAGAUGUUUGGUGAUUCUUGAUUCUGUGUAGGUGUGCGUCUGUGUCUUUUAAGAAUGGUGUUGAUUAAGAUGUGUCUGAUGAGGAAGUUGAGGGUGAGAAGUAAUGAAGUUUGAAGAUGUUAAGGAGUGUCUUGUAUGGAAAGAUCAGUGAUGGCGAUGAGCGUCUAGUGAGAAAUGCAGAGGAUGUUAAGAUGAUGUUUAGUAAGGAGUGUCUAGUGAUGAAGUUUGAAGAUGUUAAGGAGACUGUCUAGUGAGAAAUGCAAAGGAUGUUAAGAUGAUGUUUAGUAAGGAGUGUCUAGUGAUGAAGUUUGAAGAUGUUAAGGAGACUGUCUAUUGAGAAAUGCAAAGGAUGUUAAGAUGAUGUUUAGUAAGGAGUGUCUAGUGAUGAAGUUUGAAGAUGUUAAGGAGACUGUCUAUUGAGAAAUGCAAAGGAUGUUAAGAUGAUGUUUAGUAAGGAGUGUCUGAUGAGGAGGAGGAAAGUUGAUGUUGAGAAGUGUCUAGUGAAGAAUGUUUGAAGAUGUUAAGGAGUGUUAGUAAGGAAUGUUAGAAGGUUUAGAAUGUUGGUCAUUUAGUAACUGCAAGAAUGUGUGUUUUAAGGAGUGACCAGGAGGAGGAGGAAGAGGAAUGAAGAUGAUGAUAAUGAUGAUGAAGGGUCUGAUAGUAUGCAUUUACUGACGAAGAAUAUUGAUGAUGAUGUCAGUGAAGGAGAAGAGGAAGAGGAAGAAGAAUAUAAGGAAAAGGAGGAAAAAUAUAAAGAGGAGGAAGAAGAGGAAAAGGAAGAAUAGAAAGAGAAGGAAAAAGAGGAAGAAUAUAAAGAAGAGGAGGAAGAGGAUGAAGACGAGGAGGAAUAUAAAGAAGAGGAAGAAAAGGAAAAGGAAGAAUAUAAUGAAGAGAAGGAAAAAGAGGAAGAGGAGGAAGAAUAUAAAAGGAAAAGGAGGAAGAAGAGGAAGGGGAAGAGGAGGAAGACUGAAAUGGUGCUGUUCUCUCUAGUGACUAAAAGACACACUUAAGGUUCACAAACACGAGGAAAGAAAGAAAGAGAAGAAAAAGAAGUGUGAAUUGAAGCCUCGUCCUAUUAGGUUACUGUACAUAAGAGAGUAGUAGAAUCGCCGAGCAACCUUCUUCACACGCUAAGUCAAAAAAACGGUGACAGAAAACGGAGAAAUUUAUGGGGAACUGUCGUACUACUUUUCUCGUGUGUUAGGAUAAGUGGGCGUGAUGUGCUGGUGCUUUCAUGAUUUUAAGGGGGACUACUAAACUGAUUCCUGUGUGUUUGUGUGUGUGUGUGUGUGUCGGAGUACAGGGAGGUUCGGUUCAACAUAUCUUUCAUUAUAUCACUACUAUCUCCUACUGAAAGGGACAUAACGCUUAUUCUUACGGAGCGGAAAUGAAGAAGCUGAACUGUGAUGUUUGUGUAUAGUGACUGACGACUAACGGAUAUUAAAAGAAGAAAGAAUACCACAUGACAAUUUACAUAUCGAGCAGAAGGAAGUUGUGAUACGUGGGCAAUAGAAAAGAAAGGAUGAUGUAUGUGAAAGAAGUGUAUUCAUAGGAAAUUUACAUAUCUUGGUGAUGAAAUUUAUGUGUAUGUGUGUGUGUGUGUAGCUGGGAGGAAAGUGAAGAUAUGAAUGUGUGUGUAUGUGUGGAAUAAAAGAAAAGCUGUGAUGAAAAGCAGAACUGAAGGAGUGAUAUACUGUACUUAAGAAAAUGUGAUAGAAAAUUUGAACUCUCCACACAAACAUACAGACUCACGCUGGUACAGAACAAGCACUGCAUCUGUUGAAACUUCUCUGUGUAUGUGGGAAAAAAGUAUAAUGAAAAGUAUGUGGUAAGGGAAUGAACAGUGCCUUCCGUUAAACAUUUCUGUGUCUGUGUGGAGGAGAAAGUGAUCAAAAGUAUGAGUGUGAGAGAAACAAAACACUGCCUUAUUAAACGUUUCUGUGUCCGUGCGAGGAAACAAAAGUGAUGAAAAGAAUAUGUGAUAACUGAACGCAACACUGACUUGCGCUAAACAUUUGUCGACAUAACGAAACGUGUGACUGCGUGGAAAUUGUUGUAAAAUAUGAACCUUCGACACUUACUGAUGGACAAAGGAAUGAAACGCUCUUCCUAUAAACAUUUCUAGACAUAACUAAAAGUGUGACGAUGUGGAGAAAGAUGGAAAAUAUUACUCAACACACUGAUGGAUAGAGGAAUGUAACACUGCCUUAUGCUGAACAAUAAUGAACAGAACUAAAGGAACGGAAGUGAGGACAGUGCGCCAGAAAACUAAACAUGUGUAAGAACAGAUUAUCCUCCCAAUGUUGCAUCUGAAGCAAAAAUAAAUGCAUGGAAGUGUCUGAGUAUAAGGAAGAAAAAGGUGUGUUAGAGAACAUUCUUCACACCGACAUAUCCUCUCAUUCUAACGCCCUAAGCAGAUAUACAAGAAUAUGCUUUGGUGUAUCUGAGCGUAAGGAAGAAAAAGGUGUGUUCGAAGACUUUCCUACCCUAAGUCGAUAUAAAAAUGUGCCUAAAUAGAUAUACAAGAAUGUGCUUUGAGGUGUUGAGCAUAGGGUGGGAGAAGUUGUCUCUUAUUAUGCUUUUUUCAGUAGAGGAAGCAGGUCAAGGGCAAACUAAAUAAAUAAAAAGAGCCCGCUAAUCACUGCUCCCACACAGAAAGUAGAAACGAGCGUCGAACAAACACGGAAACUAAUGCUUGGGUUGGGAAUCUAGUCAAACGAGCGACUGUUCUGAUCACACACGAUAAUGACAGGGACGUAGGGACCAAGGUGUACAUGUAUAUUUCUCCCCCAGCCUUUACCUUCGUUUUUAUACCACAACGCUGUAAUGUAUAGACGUGCCAUAAUCUUAACAACACAAGAUUUGUUAUAUAAUUUUUUAUAUGGAAUUUGCAUAAAAUGUAAAUUGCUCAA